AUGGCGUUCAACUUCAACUGGUCGCCGCUGAUGGCGGACGCAAGUUUCUAUACUCGCGCUCAAGAUCUUUUAACUGCCGCUUUGAAUAAAUCGCCGAAGCCUCCGAUCAUCGUCGACGAUAUCAUCGUAACCGAGCUCAACUUAGGUUCCAUCCCGCCCGAUCUGGAGAUAUUAGAGAUUGGUGACUUGGCGGAGGAUCGAUUUCGGGGCAUCUUCAAGAUGUCCUACACUGGCGAUGCCUUCUUGACUCUGAAAACGCGCGUUCAGGCGAACCCUCUCAACACCUACCUUCUCACACGACCCUCGUUUGCCUCGCCACUACCCUUGGCUGCAGCAACUCCCCUCACAAUUCCCCUCCAAAUUACACUAUCCGAUUUCAAGUUGUCCGGCUUUGUGAUACUCGUCUUCUCGAAACAGAAAGGAAUUACCGUGGUUUUCCGAAAUGAUCCGCUUGAAUCGCUUAAAGUUUCGUCUACGUUCGAUUCGAUCCCGUUCGUCCGUGACUUCUUGCAGAGGGAAAUAGAGGCUCAGCUGCGCAUCUUGUUCAUGGACGAACUGCCCGCCAUCAUUCAUCGACUAUCCCUGCGACUGUGGGUUCCUGAGUACCGGGCAGGUGAAGAUAUAGAAACUCAGGCGGACCAGACGGCGGGUGAAGGUCCUGGUCAAGACCCUCUCGCAAGCCCUCCUCAGGACCCAGUAGAUUCAUUGGGCAACGCCUUGGAUGAAUCGGAAAUCGCAUCGCUCUCCCUGGAUUCCUCCGUCGAAGCACAUUCCCUGUUCUCACAGAAGAACCUCCUCCGGCUGGCUGCACUUACGGAUUCUCAGCGAACGCUAUCUCUUUUCACUCCCUCCAUCCAGGAAGUUGUUUACCGGGCGUGGACUUCGCCUUCUGAACAGGGUGAUAUGAAUGGCAAUGCUACGUCUCCGCUAAGCCCCAUGCUCUCCAGGACCCAUUCCCAGGUUGGCAGCAUGGCGUCCUUCCAGGAUAGCGCCAGCAUCGUGUCAUCCCAGAGUCGAUCUUCAGCUUCGACACAUACUUUUAGUGGCUAUGGUUUGAAUUUGGGAGCCGGUCGCCAUUCGAAAGCACAUUCAAGGAAACGCAAGAAGCGCGUGGUGGAUCUACGACGGCCGAAGACUACGAGUGAUACGGCGAGUGUGAGCGACGAAAGUGCAUAUACAGAGACAGCUAGCAACCCAUCCGUAUGCUCGGCACCCCUGCCCGUGGUCAACGAACAACCUGACCCCAUCACGCCACCCUUGUCUCCGGAAAGCGAUUUCCGUCUUCCUGCAAUUCCCGAGCGGCGUCGCGCCAGUCUCUCACGGCCAGUACCUCGUCGCGAUAUCGCCACAGAAAUGCUCCGCGAAACUGGGGGGCCCUCUGCGGAGCCUCUACGGCACCGCCCUGAACCUGGAGAUGUGGAUGCAACUCCCCGAGGCAGUAUCCGCGCUCACGUUGCCGCCCGACGUGACAAUGAGAAACAGGAGACCGGUCCCACACGCCAGCUGCCCUCGACUAUCCUCCCAUUCACCGACGAGAAGUCCAGCUCCAGUACCGUCGAUCAAGCCCUGGUCGAGCGACUAGCAGGAGAAAUUGCUCGUCGCAUGCGGGACGAGAAAUUGAUGCCCACUAGCUCUUGCGGUGGUGCCUUCUGGAGCCGUCCUGACCAUGAAGAAUAUCCCCCGCCAGCUUAUGGUCAAUGA